AUGCUUUACACAUAUUUUGUACCAUUCAACAUUGUUUGUGGUAUAUUUGGAGUUAGGAAGCCAUCUCUUUCUCCGAACGGGAAAAUUGUAAAUACAAGUGUUGUUCAUAGAAUUUGGUCCUUGAUUAUUAUACUAUCAUUGAUUGCUGGCUACUGUCUUUCAUCGUAUGAAAUAAAGCCUAUUUCAAAAGUAAAUUUGUUACAAAUAUCAAUUCUUAAUGACUUGGCAAAUAACGUUAUAAUAUUACUUCUACACAACCUUUCCGGUGAUGACAUAACUAAAAAUUUGUACAAUUGUUUCAUCGGUAUUGUUACUGAUCUUGGAUUGCAUAAUAGAAGAGUAAGGAUUUUAAUGCAAAAGCUUUAUUUCUGGUUUUCAGUGAUCAGUAUUACUUAUAUCGCUGCCAUAAUUCUAGAAAUCCUUUACGACAGCCCCCCCUAUAAUUUGAUAAUUAGAAUACCCACGUUUUUGACAGUUUUCCAUCUCAUAUUUCAUUUAAGUGUUUUAGUUGCUAUUUUAAAAAUCUUGAAUUAUAAACUAAAAAGUGAAACUCUCAUUGAUAACACUUUGAUGUUUCCUGGAACUAAGAGUUCAACAUUUUAUAUUUUAAAAUAUUUUCUCAAUACCGAGAUAAGUUUUAUUGAAGAAAUAAACCAAACACAACACCAACAUUUAGACUUGAAACAUCUUUGUAAAAUAUAUGAUAAAAUGGCGACAUGUCUUGAACUUUUAAUUAAACUUCACGGAUUACAGGUACCAAGUUUACUAAUUUCGAAAAAUAGAAAUCAAUUAACCCUUAGAUUCAGAGAUAAUAAUGUUAAAAUACCUUGGCUGGCGUGCGUCAAAACUGUGUUACCCUAUUUUUGGUGCUAUAUAGGCGCCUAUGUAGGGGACCAAAUGAGGAAGCAGGUGGAUUCCACAGAAAUUAUUUUGAUCAAGCAUUUAAUAAAUUUCCAAUGUGACCAGACCCGUAAGACCACCCUGGAAACCUUCAAGCAGUUGGUUGGCACCCACCGCUUGCAGUUCACCGCCUGCAGCCUAUUCGACUUAAGCUUCUCCAUGAUCCUGACCAUGGCUAUGAAUGUGAUCACGUACAGUAUUAUACUCAUACAACUCUACUCCAGUGGUUAAUCAACUAUAGCAUCUCGUCAUCUAUAUACGACUAGCCGCCCAUGGCUUCGCUCGGGUAAGUUGUAUUUUGUUGUUAGCAAUAAAAUUUUAAAAAGGACUUCUUUUUAUUUUUUUUAAUUUUGUAUUUCUUCUGCUUAACAAAAACAAUCCUAUCUCGGUGUAUCUUUUAAAAUAUUAAAAAGCUGUUUUGCCUUCAGAUUCUUAUUGCUUUUGGAAUAUUAUUUACAAUUAG